AUGUGCCACUCGUGCGUGUGUCAGAUCGGUCCGUCGAUGCUGGCGUCGGACCUCGCGUGCCUCAAGGACGAGGCGCUCAAGGUCGUGGCUGCCGGCGCCGACUACCUGCACCUCGACGUCAUGGACGGCCACUUUGUGCCCAACAUUACGUGGGGUGCGCCGGUCAUCAAGAGCCUCCGCAAGCACACCAACGCGUUCUUCGACUGCCACAUGAUGGUCUCGGAGCCUGAAAAGUGGGUCGACGAUAUCAAGGACGCGGGCGGCGACCAGUUCACCUUCCACCUCGAGUCGACGAGCAACCCGACGGCGCUCAUUGCGCAGAUCCGCGCCGCCGGCAUGAAGGUCGGCGUCGCCAUCAAGCCGGGUACUGCCGCCGACGCCGUCCUCCCGUACGUCGACCUUGUCGAUAUGGUGCUCGUGAUGACGGUCGAGCCGGGCUUUGGCGGCCAGAGUUUCAUGGCCGACAUGAUGCCCAAGGUCGCCUUCUUGCGCGAACGCUUCCCGCUGCUCGACAUUGAAGCAGCUCCGUCUUCCGCGCCGCCGACCCCCGCGGACGCCAUCUUGGCCAUGCGCCACAGCGUCGAGCGCCUCGGGAAUGGCAAGACCGACGCCGAGCUCACGCGCCGCGAGCAAUAG